AAUCAGCCUCCCGAGAGCAUGCGCACUUCAGUCCUCCUCUCCGUGCAAAGUCCUCCAGAGCAGCGCCCUCCAAAGAUCAACAGGCGUCAACUGUGCAGGACGGGAAAGCUCAAGCUUGACCAAGAGGCUGGACUGUGGACCCCUAUUAGUGGAAUCGCCUGCACUUGCCAACGCUGGCUUACGCAGUCCAUCCGUACCAUCUGUGCAGCUGCCGCCAUGGGCUUGGAACUCUACCUCGACCCGCUGUCGCAGCCCAGCCGCGCCAUCUACAUCUUCGCCAAGAAGAACGGCAUUCCCUUCCAGAUGCACACCGUGCAUAUAAUCAAAGGCCAGAACUUGAGCGAGCAAUUCUCCCAGGUGAACUGCCUGCGGAAACUUCCUGUCCUCAAAGACGGAAACUUCGUGUUAACCGAAAGCUCAGCCAUCCUGAUUUACCUGAGUUCCAAGUACCAGGUGGCAGACCACUGGUACCCAGCUGACCUGCAGGCCCGUGCCCGAGUCCAUGAGUACCUAGGCUGGCAUGCUGAUAACAUCCGUGGCACCUUUGGAGUGCUCCUGUGGACCAAGGUGCUGGGGCCACUCAUUGGGAUCCAGGUUCCAGAGGAGAAGGUGGAACGGAACAGAAAGAGCAUGGUCGCGGCUCUGCAGCGUCUGGAGGAAAAGUUCCUUGGGGACAGGGCUUUCCUUGUUGGCCAGCAGGUGACACUGGCUGAUCUCAUGUGUCUGGAGGAGCUGAUACAGCCGGUGGCUCUUGGCUAUAAUGUGUUUGAGGGACGGCCGAAACUAACAGCAUGGCGAGAUCGGGUGGAGGCAUUCUUGGGUGCCGAUCUGUGUCAGGAGGCCCAUAGCUCCAUCCUGAGCAUCCUGGAACAGGCAGCCAAAAAAACACUACCAGUGCCCCCUCCAGAGGCCCACGCCGGCAUGCAGCUUCGAAUUGCUAGGAUUCCCUGAGUGGUCCGACUAGCAGUAAAGUUUCAUGUUGUUUGCAUGGCUCGUUUUAUCUUUUCUAUUUGCCCAAGGCCUUUUCCUGGCUCCCUCUCUGGCUCUGGGAGGAGCCUUGCACAAAAGAGACACCAGGUAUCCUUAGCAUGCUUCUCUUGAGGCACAGUAUACACAACCAAUAAGAGACCAAAAUGAAUAAUAUGCUAAAAACCAGUAAUACAAAGAAAAAACAUUCAAAAGUUAGCACACAUCUGUACUUUAUUACAAUAAAAAGUCUGACUAUUUUAAGGAA